AUGGGCAGUAGGGGUAUAUUUCAUCAAGAAAGCGCGCUUCUCGCGAUCGCCUGUUCGUCGCUGGUGCUCGCGAAGCCGGCGCCGGAGCCUCCGGCUAGCUCGUACUUUCCACCCUCCGGCGGCGGCGGUGGCGGCGGCGGCUACGGCCCGCCCGCGGACCGUUACGGGCCGCCGCAGCAGAACCCGGUGAUCCACAAGCACGUAUACGUGCACGUGCCGCCGCCGGAAGCACCCGAGUACAAAGCGCCGAAGCAUGUGCCGUUGCCGCAGCCGCCGCAGAAGCACUACAAGAUAGUGUUCAUCAAAGCGCCGACGCCGCCGACGCCGACCGCGCCGGCGCUGCCGCCUCUGCCACAGCCGGACGAGGAGAAAACGCUCAUCUACGUGCUGGUGAAGAAACCGGAGGAAGCGCCGGACGUGGUGCUGCCGACGCAGGCGCCCACGCAGCCCAGCAAGCCUGAGGUCUACUUCAUCCGCUACAAGACGCAGAAGGAGGCGCAAGGCGGCGACUACGGUCCACCAGGGCAUCAGCCAGGACCCAUCGACAGUUACGGAGCACCAGGGCCACAGGGUCCCGGUCCCAGUGGGCCUUACUAGCGUCGUCUCUCGUACGAAUGAUCGACCGUGUCUGAUCUGUUAUUCUGAAAACUCGGCAUUUUUAGAAAAAAGAGAGAGAGAGAGAAAAAGAAGAGGAGAGACACCAUUUUACGGAGGACUAUUUUCUUCGAUCGUUACUUCGCAACGUGACGCGAGUCCGGAUAUAUACCCGACCGGGGACUUCAUAUAUCAUAUAGGAGGAAUGUCGCCUAUUAUUAUUUUUUUCGAAGGAUAGGCCGCGUGGUAUUUAAAGGUACUUACGGACAGACGUGAUUCGUGUACGUUGCCGAGCCUCUAUUCACACGUUCGUUCCGCACUCGUACGCGUAU